AUCUUCUUCAACCAUAACGUCAUAACCUGGCCGGAUAAAACGACAAUAGCAUUAUUACAAUCCCUUGAUUACCCGCCAAAAUUCUUUCGAGAUUACAAGUCACCAGAAUGGCCGGCUCGGUCAAACGGCGAGCGUCUCCAACUGGGGCUAUCUCCCCACCCCCGAUAAAGAGAAAGAUUGAAUCCACACUGACAAAACAAUCGGUGUCAUCGUUCUUCACUCCCGCAUCUCAGAAGAAGCCCGAGCAAAUCACCUGGCGCAUCGUGAACAACAGUCUUGUCGUCGGCAAAUAUGCGAAGAAAGCAGACCAUAAACAGACUGAAGAGAAGCCAAAGGUGGCUGCCUUUGAUUUGGACUCAACGUUAGUCUCAACGGCUUCUGGCAACACUUUUCCCAAGAACUCCUCAGACUGGAAGUGGUGGCAUGAUACAGUUCCCUCUAGACUUAAGGAGUUGAGCGCAGAUGGUUACUAUGUCAUCAUCAUAUCGAAUCAGAAGAAGAUCAGCCUACAAAAGGAGAUGAAAGGAGGGCGUUCUGAUUCAAAAAGCCUCACGAACUUCAAAGAGAGGGCCUCUGCUGUCAUGAAACAACUAGACAUUCCUCUCAGUGUUUACGCAGCUACUCUUGACGAUGGUUACAGAAAACCAAGAAUCGGGAUGUGGAAAGAGUUCCUAGACGACUAUGAUUUUGACCUGAACGGCGUGGACUUAUCCAAAUCGAUUUAUGUUGGGGAUGCCGCUGGACGGCCAAAUGACCAUUCCCAGGUAGAUCGUGGUUUUGCUGUAAAUGCCGGAGUUCCAUUUCAAACACCAGAGGAGUUUUUUCUCAACGCCGCGCCGGAGCCGCUCGUGGAAUCAUUCGAUCCUUCUCUAUAUUUACAAUCUGACCAGGCCGAUGAUGCUUUACCCCCAUUCACCCGUCAAAGCGCUCUCGAACUAGUGACCUUCUGCGGCAGCCCCGGCGCGGGCAAGUCGACUUUCUACUGGGAUUAUCUGGAGCCAUUGGGAUAUGAACGAGUGAACCAGGACAUUUUGAAAACGCGCCCUAAAUGUAUCAAAGUCGCCAAGGAGCACCUUGCGGCCGGAAGGUCCGUGGUAGUCGACAAUACGAACGCAGACCCAGAAACAAGAUCCCACUGGAUCGAAGUCGCAAAGGAAUUCGGCAUUCCCAUUCGCUGCGUAUAUUUUUCUGCAUCCCCAACUCUCUGUCGGCACAACAAUGCUGUCCGUGCUGCCAACAAGUCCUUGAAUCCGGAAAGCAGGACCCUACUCCCCGGAAUCGCAUUUGGGGAUUUCGGCCGUCGGUUCAAGGAGCCAACGAUGGCGGAGGGUUUCAAGGAUAUUGUUCGAGUCGACUUCCGCUUCCGCGGGGAUGAAGAAUCGAAGAAAAUCUGGAAGCAGUACUGGGUUUAAACUCAGUUUUUGUCCAAACCUUGUUGAGCUUUAUUGAGACCUUGGGUGCACAGAUCGCUGUAUGUCAAUAUUGUACGGAAUAGUGACUUUCCGGGGCAUUAAACGUUGUAUCUGUGUACAUACGCAAAGCAAUUCCUAGCUAUACAUACUGUGAGAUGCUGUAA